AUGUCAUUGGAAGAUCCACCUCGACCACCCCUCAUUGACAAGGGGAAAGGUAUUGCAAAACAAAGAAAGAGACAAAAUAAUUAUGUGCUUCGGAUUCCAGUCAGACCCAUCACCCCUACCCCAGGCUUACAUAUGCCAUCCUUAUCUUCCCCACCUCCACCCACAAGGUUACAUAACCCUAUUUCUAUCCCGAUGAUUCAUAUGUCGUCCUCAUCUUCUCAACCUCCACCCACAGGGUUGCAUACCCUUGCGGCUGCUCCCAGGCCCCCUUUUGUACCACCCUCACAUAUACCAUCCUCAUCUUCCUCAGCUUCACACACAGGGUUACAUACCCCUUCUGCAGACAUUGGAGCAUCCCCUUCACCUCAUACUGUACCAUCCCCAACCUCGAUUGGUGGCCCAUCUUCUACUAUUGGUCAGCAAUCUGCACCAUCCCCAAUUGCAGGUGAUAUGGUUGCCCCUCAGCCUAUGGUUGAUCCUGAUUUAGAUGUAGAACAUGACCCUCCUCUGCAGGACUUCCCGAUGAUUGAACUUGAUAUCACAAAGACAAUCAAGCGACAAUUUCUUAACCCUUGGCCACCAUGGGGAUCAAUACCUGAAAAAGACAAGGAUAUUUUUUGGCAACGCUUCAAGAGGAGAGUUCAGUGGGCACCAGGGCAUGAAAUUGCAAUUAAGAGAAAUUUCAACAGCAGAGCUUCUCAUCGUUUAUCUAUGCUGUUUAGAGACGCCAGAACGGCUAGAGAAAGGCCAGAAUGGAUUCCUAAUGAUGUGUGGACAAGGCUGCCAGAACAUUGGAAUUCUCCAAGUUAUCGGAGCAAAUGUCUUGCAGCAAAAAAGAAUAGGGCUUCUGAAAUGGAUGGGGCCCUACACACAGGUGGAUCCAUUACCACUUACGAGUAUGCCCUUCGUAUGGCACGUGAGUUGGGACGACAUGUGUUUCUUGAUGAAGUCUUUCAGCAGACACAUAUACGGAAGGAUACUGGCGAGUAUGUGGAUGAGAGGUCUAGGAGGACAAAUGAAGAAUUUCAGACUAGGCUUUCUCAAGUUAGAUCUGAGGUUUCCUCAUGUGCUGAUGGAACACAAGAGCAGUCCUCUGCUGAUCCUACACAGGAUGAGAAUAUCAGGACUAGGUGUUGGAUUGAGACAGUAGGAGGAAAAAAGAAAGGAAGACUUUAUGGGGCUGGUCAACUAGUUUCAAAAUAUACAGGUUCAAAUGAAAGCAACCAACUACCACCUUCUUUCUCUUCUAAUAUUGAGGACCUCAGUAAUAUUAGGCAGCAGCUUUCACGUAGCCUAGAGGAAAAUGAGCAAUUGAGGUCCGAGUUUCGAUCCUUUCAAUCACUACUCCUGCAAUAUCUCCCCCCUGAUGCUCAGGCUCGUCUUCAACAGCCAUAG